AUCUCAAUGUACUUUCUGUCGGAAAUUAACUAGCAAAAGAAGAAGUAUUUCCGGUGCGGCCUGUUGUAUCAGCGGUGUUUUGGUGUUUUCUGUCGAAAGGUAAUUUUGUUGGUUGUGUUAAAUCUUUUCUGAACGGUAAAGGCAGUUCGCACACCCCCGGAGCCUCUCAGUUCGGUAGGUCCUAUCUGAAAGAUGUCUUCUGGACUCCUGGAGCCUCCUGAAGGAGGAGAACAACUCUGUGUCUUCCUGCUGAGACACGAAGGAGAGGAGGAGAGCAGGAGGGAGGUGGGCUGCCAGUGGGAGUGUCCAGAGGAGGAGAGGAGGGAAGUGGGCUGUCAGAGCGACACAGCAGAAAGGAGAGACGCUGCUGUCCAGGUGGACCUGCUGACUCAGCAUCUCAGCUGGAGACACUGUAAAGCCUCGUCUGCGAUGCUGCUGCAGUGUUUUGCAGUCAGACCCGAUGGACCAGAUGGUGGCGCGCUGCUGCAGCACUGCGCCACCAGUCGGACCAGAACCAGAACCAUCCAGCCCGCCAUCAAGCUCUCCCCUGAACUUGCACAGUCCAGGUCCCAAAGGAGGCCGCCUCCUCAGAGCUCCAACGUGACCAAGAGUAAUCGAAGUCAACGUCGCGACCGCCGCCGCCGCCGCCGUGUGUCUCCUGCCACUGACCUACAGGAGGAUGAAGAAGAUGAGGAAGAGGAGGAAGAGGUGGAGGAGGUGGUAGCAGAGGACACAGGUGAUCCCACCUGGACUCCACCAGAGGGAGGUGUCAACUCUCACGAGUCUCACUCGGCUCUCCAGGACGUCCAGCUGGACUCAGAGUCCCAGCAUGCACCUCUUCGUGCAGUGAAGAUGGAGCCCGACAGCACCGUGUGCGACAUCUGUGGCAAAGUGAUGAAGAACAAGUCGAGUCUAGCCCGGCACUCCUUCAUUCACACGGGGAAGAAGCCGUUCGCCUGCCACCUGUGCGACCUGCGCUUCAACCGCCGCGACAACCUGCAGCACCACCUGAACCGCCUGCACCCCAACGGUGUGGCGAAGCUGGAGAAGCAGCGUGAGGUGCAGACGUGGCUUUGUGCCGUCUGCGGUAAAACCUUCAGCUGCAGGUCCCGGCUGAAGACACAUGAGGUCAUCCACUCAGGGGUGAAACCUCACCGCUGUGACCUCUGCCCCAAAGCCUACAUGAGGACCAAUGACCUCGAGCACCAUAAGAAGAUCGUUCAUAUCAACGGCGCCGCCGAGCCCCAGCGGUCGAGCUCGUUGCUCUGCGACCUCUGCGGCAAAGAGUUUAAAUGCAAGUCGCAGCUGGCCGUCCACUUCCAGACUCACACCGGAGAGCGACCGCACCUCUGCGACAUCUGUGGGCGCAAAUUCGGCCGCCAGUACCAGCUUAAACGCCACAAAAUCCUGGUUCACGCCAACCGAGCGAAUGGCGAGGAGAACCUGCCACCUGAUGCGCCAUUUGCCUGUGACGUCUGUGGGAAGCGGCUGAAAUCUGAAGCGCAGCUCGCCGCUCACUCCCGCAUCCACUCAGGUGACAAACCUCACCGCUGCAGCAUCUGUCUGCGCAGCUUCCAGAGCGCCACCUGCCUGAAGCAGCACCACCUACGCGUUCACCUCAGGGUCAGAGUCAAUGAGGCGCCGCACCCCAUCGGGCGUAGGAAGAGCUCAGCGGUGGCGAAGGCCUUUCCGUGUCCUGUCUGUGGCAAAGUUUUCAAGUUCAAGUCUUUGCUGGCGAGUCACUCGCUGAUUCACAGCGAGAUCCGACCAUACGGCUGCGACUUCUGCAGCCGCAGCUUCAGACGCCUCAGCCACUUGAAGAGACACCGUGAGGUCGUCCACGCCAACGGAGAGCGGCUGCCGCAGAGCUUCAUCUGCAACAUCUGUGGCAAAGACAAGAAGUGCCGCUCGCAGCUCGCCAGACACGUCAUCAUCCACACCGGCGAGCGGCCGUUUGCCUGCGACCUCUGCACCGCCCGCUUCAACCGCAGCGGGAACCUGAAGCAGCACAGGAAGCGCAUGCAUGGUGUGGGAACGGCGGCCACGGAGGAAACCACGCCCAUCCUGUUCGAUGACAACGACACGGUUCCGGUUCUGGCUUACAAACAGGAAGAGACGGUGGUGGCUGUGGACGUCACAGCCGAGGACGGCGAGGCUGCGGUGGUGGCGAGCAACCAGACAGACGCUUUGCAGCACCUUGUCCCAACUACCUGAACUGAGCAUGCUCAGAACGUCCUGCCUUCCUGCUUCGCUUCUUUGAACCUUUGAGUUUGUGAUGUGGAACCCGUCUGAUGUUCUGAGGGGUGAAGAUCAAACGGAGAUGUUUCCUGAAGAAGAAGGUUCUGCAAAGAACAAUGCUGAGUUCCUCCUAAAGAACCGUUCUGCUCUGAUACUUUGAAUUAAACAUCAGCUUUCACA